GUGCCGCCGCUUAUCCGCGGAGCUCCGGCCGCGAGCGUCAGUCAUUCGGAGCCGCGGGCCGACCGCGCUCUAGCUACCGCGGCGUUCCCGCUCCCUUUCCUUCUCCCUCCUGGAGCGCCCGCCGACCCCAACCCCGACCCGCCGGCCGCAGCGCCCUCGCCCUGCCGCCAUGUCGCAGAGCGAGACCCCCGGGCUGCCGGAGGAGAGCCUGCACGGCUCCUGGGUAGAAUUACACUUUGGCAGUAACGGGAGCGGGAGCAGCGCUCCAGACUCUGUUUCUAUUUAUAAUGGCGACAUGGAAAAAAUCCUGCUGGAUGCCCAGCGUGAAUCUGGACGGAGCAGCUCCAGGAGCUCUCACUGUGACAGCCCACCUCGCUCACAGACCCCACAAGAUACUAACAGAGCUUCUGAGACAGACACACAUAGUCUUGGAGAAAAGAACAGCUCCCAGCUGCAAUCAGGGGUACACUCUGAGGAAGACUAUAUGGAGAGGAGGAAGGAAGUCGAAAGCAUCUUGAAGAAAAACUCAGACUGGAUUUGGGAUUGGUCCAGCCGGCCGGAAAACGUGCCCCCGACCAAGGAGUUCCUCCUCUUCAAGCGCCCGAAGCGCGCGCCCACGCUCAGCAUGCGGAACACGAGCGUCAUGAAGAAAGGGGGCAUCUUCUCGGCGGAGUUUCUCAAAGUUUUUCUGCCGUCUCUUCUGCUGUCCCAUCUGCUGGCCAUCGGGUUGGGGAUCUACAUUGGAAGGCGCCUGACGACAUCCACCAGCACGUUUUGAUGAAGAACUGGCGUCCGGCUUUCUCAUGUAGUGGGGGUGUGUGUUGUCCGCAGCACAGCGUACAGAGGAGGCUGUCGUGGUCCUUGGGUGGCUGCAUCACUUGUGUCAUUUCUUCUGUAAAUGCCACGUUCCUAACUCAGUAAAAUAAAGACUAAGACCAUGCUCUCCCAUAAUCGUACUUAUGGGAUAAAGUAAUAAGCCUGUCAUUGAUUAAUAUCUAUUAAUAAUUUGGUGGUAAUCUUUCUUCGGAUAUUAUAAAUAUUUAAGUAUAAAUAAUUUUAACGUAUCCAUGAUGUAUGUAGUACUUUAACACAAUAUCUGCAACCUUGAUUGAGUUAAACACUGUAUUUUGAAAGAACGAAUACCGUUGACAUUAAAAGGACUACAUGAGGGCUUAUCCCGAAUAAACACUGUGACCUUACAACCCUGUUGUAGACCGUAUGUGAGUGGAUGCAACCGUCUACUACAGACGCCCCUCAGCUCUCUCUGUGCUGGUGGUUCUUUGUGACGUGACAUGUACAAUCCAGGCUGCAACACGGGUGGGCCAGGUCGUCCCCACACUGGCACCUCGUGCAGCACAGGGACUCUCGCUGAGACUUACGACCACCCUGGACGGCGACCACCGGAUGAUCAGUGUCUUUUAUCUCGGGAUUGCUAAAUUCAGUCUGUCUGUGUUCAGUUGUUGUGUGCUCUUAGGAUCAGCUUUAUUCUAAGCUAUUCCGUGUCUACUUUAAAAGCCUGGAAAUAGAAAACAAAUGAAUCUUUGCCAAAUACUUCGUUACGGUGUUUACGUACGUCACACAAGCUUUUUCAUUAAACCAGGUGUAUCCCCACUGCAUGGUUUUUAAAGGCCGCCCCUUUGAUACACUGUAUAAAUGCUGUUGUAUUUGUUUCACUUUUCCACACUAAAUUCGGUUGUGUUAAAUAAAUGUAACAUUCUAAUUUUUAAAA